ACUUCGCGAGAUUUGCUUGGCGCCGCGACCUCAUGUGAGACACCUCCUGCUUGAGAGCCAGUCCGACGUUACCUCUGCAGAGGAAAACGCAACGGCGCCCCGAAAAUGGUUUAUUUCCGUCUCAUCUGAGCCCAAAAAACACGUUUGUACCAAGAACGUCUUUUUUAAUCCAUUGUUUAUUCGAGGCCUAGCAGGGGCGCCGCGCAACGAUGUGGAUCCAGGUUCGCACGAUAGACGGGAAGGAGACGCGAACCGUUGAGGAUCUUUCUAGACUGACCAAAAUUGAGUCUUUACGGCUGAAAAUACAGGACAUCUUCAAUGUGAGCCCCCAACAGCAGCGCCUCUUCUACCGAGGGAAGCAGAUGGAAGACGGUCUGACACUUUUCGACUACAAUGUGGGUCUCAAUGACAUCGUCCAGCUGCUGAUCCGGUCUCAGACCGACCCCCCGGACAGUCCUGCCACCAAGGACGCGUCUGGUGUCGCCAGUAGCUCAGCUCCUCUGCCUGACUCGAAGACUGAAAACCUCCGAGCUCCGGCCUCCUCAGCAGAUGUGGAGACCUCAUCCGACACGGACAAUAAGAACGAAGGCGACCGUGCCACUGUAAAUGAAACCAAGCUAGAAACCGUCGCUGCUAGUACCAAAAAUGGCUUCAGGUCCUCCAGUCCAGCACAGGAUACUCAGCCACCCACGUCCAGCCGGAGCACAUUAGUCAACCCAGGGAUUGGCUUGUACAAGAUUAACGAGCUGGUGGACUGUAGGGACGUAAGCAUCGGUGCCUGGUUUGAGGCCUGCAUCGAAAAUGUGACACUUUCACCCAAAGGACAGAUAACGCCCACUAAGGGAAAGGUGGGCCGGCCCUCAAAAAGGACAAACGGGAAGCUGGAGGCUGAGCAGGCACAGGCCCAUGGACAAGGUCAAACCACGGACAAUAACAGGAAUAACCCUGUGUUAAACUCUGAAAGUAACGGAGCCUCCACCUCUCAGAAAGACUCUACCACAGAAACCAAGGAGAAAGAAGAGGACAUAGCUUACCACAUUAAAUAUGAAGACUAUCCAGAGAACGGCGUCGUAGAGAUGCGCUCCGUAGACGUGAGGCCCCGCGCCAGGACCCUGCUGCGGUGGGACCAGCUCCAGGUGGGGCUGCAGGUGAUGGUCAACUACAACAUGGAGACCCCAGACGAAAGAGGCUUCUGGUACGACGCAGAGAUAGUGGCCAUAAAUCAAACCUCUCGCACCAAUAAGGAGCUCCGAGUUAAUAUUCUCCUGGGUGGUCCCGAAGAUGUGAUCGGAGAUUGCAAAGUUCAGUUUUUGGAUGAAAUCUACCAGGUGGAGAAACCAGGAGCUCGUCCCCUCUCGAGCGCAGACGGACAGUUUAAACGGAAGAGCGGACCCGAGUGCAAGCACUGCAAGGCCGACCCCGACGCAGAGUGUCGCUUCUGCUCCUGCUGCGUGUGCGGCGGGAAGCAGGACGCUCACAUGCAGCUGCUGUGUGACGAGUGCAACAUGGCGUUCCACAUCUACUGCCUCAACCCUCCGCUGGCCACCAUCCCAGAUGACGAGGACUGGUACUGCCCAACCUGUAAAAAUGACACCAGCGAAGUUGUUAAGGCAGGUGAGAAACUCAAAGCCAGCAAGAAGAAAGCCAAAAUGCCUUCGGCUACCACUGAGAGUCAAAGGGACUGGGGAAAGGGUAUGGCCUGCGUGGGGCGCACUAAAGAAUGCACAAUUGUUCCCUCAAACCACUACGGACCUAUUCCUGGCAUUCCUGUGGGAGCCACCUGGAAAUUCAGAGUGCAGGUGAGCGAGGCAGGUGUCCACAGGCCGCACGUCGGCGGCAUCCACGGCCGCAGCAACGACGGCUCCUAUUCGCUGGUGUUGGCCGGGGGCUUUGAGGACGAAGUGGACCGGGGAGACGAGUUCACCUACACUGGCAGUGGGGGUCGCGACCUCUCGGGAAACAAACGCAUCGGGGAGCACAGUUUUGACCAAACGCUGACUCACAUGAAUAGGGCGUUGGCCUUAAACUGUGACGCGCCACUGAACGACAAAGACGGAGCCGAGUCCAGAAACUGGCGGGCUGGAAAGCCGGUGAGAGUGGUACGCAGCUCUAAAGGUAGACGCAUCAGCAAAUACGCUCCAGAAGAAGGAAACCGCUACGACGGUAUUUACAAGGUGGUGAAGUACUGGCCAGAGAUCGGAAAGUGUGGCUAUUUGGUGUGGCGGUAUCUGCUGAGACGAGACGACCUGGAGCCGGCUCCGUGGACCCCUGAAGGACUGGAGAGGAUAAAGAAACUGGGCCUUUCGGUUCAGUACCCACCAGGCUAUUUGGCAGCCAUGGCUAACAAAACAAAGAAGGAGGCUUGCGCUAGGCCUGGUCGUGGCGGUCGCGGUAAGCACUAUCCUGGAAGGGGGAGGCCACGGAGGCGCAAGAUUAAAACGAAAGAGGAGGAGGAGGAGGAGGAAGGGCUGGAGGAGGAGGAAGAGGAGGAGGGGGAAGAGCAGGGGGAUGAGCCUCCAGAAGCCAAGAUGCAAGAGGACGCGCCACAAAGUAACGGAGAGCAGAAGACAACCGGAGAAACUGAACCGUCACCAGAAACCGAGCCGCCGCCUAAACGCGUUAAGAUAGAGGAGACCUUCCAGCUGACCGAGCAGCAACAGCAGCUGAUCCAGGAUGACACCGCCAACAAGAAGCUCUGGGAUGAAGCCAUGGAGCACAUCAAAGAGGGACCGAAUUUCCUGCGAAAGCUGGAGCAGAUCUUCAUGUGCGUCUGCUGCCAGGAGCUGGCCUUCCAGCCCAUCACCACCGUCUGCUCACACAACGUCUGCAAGACUUGUCUGCAGCGGUCGUUUCGGGCAGCGGUGUACACCUGCCCCGCCUGCCGCCACGACCUGGGCAAAGACUAUGUCAUGAACCAAAACAAGAAGCUGCAGAUUCUGCUCGACCAGUUCUUUCCCGGCUACAGCAAGGGCCGAUGAGAUCCAGUUCACACGUAUGGAUAGAAUACAUGCACAUUAAAAGCAUCCAUUCUGCGCACCCUCGUAUACCGUCACGUACCUAGCAGCUCCACUUUGCAACGCGUUGCACUCACAUAAUGUACUUACCCACGGGCAAUUGUGUUUUGCAUUUUACAGCCAUCGUAUGUAUACAAUCAUUUUACUACACACAAACCACCUCAGUUAGAGACUGACCCCAUCUGCUGAACUUGGAUCGUCUCCAUUUGCAUCACCAGCCUGAAAAAUUCAGACAGAGGACGUUGCCUCGCCUCGCUACUCCAGCCACAAGACGUGGGCGCAAAAACAAACGCACAAAAAGCCCCCUCUCACCCCCCCACUGGCCCCACCAACCAUCUCAAGGUCUUUUCUCCUUUGCUGUUUUUUUUUUUUUCUUCUCCUUUUAUGUUGCCCGCUGGCUCUGUUAAUUGACGCGCAGUACAUUGUUUGGGUGCAAAUUCAUGCUCGAAAGCAAACAUUUCAAUUCCUGCCAACCUGCUUGCAUUUUACGUACCAUGUAUGCAGUUCUACACAAACGCGCAGAGGCAAUUGAAAGGACUCUCUCUCGCUUGCCAGGUGGCGGUUUAUGGUGCUAGAGAAAGGGGCUGGUCUGAGCGAGAGAUUCUCAAUGCAAGGGGUUUUACACACUGUUUUCCAAAAAUGAAGCACUAUAUUAGUGACUCGUGCUGUAGGCUUGUUUCUAGGCUCGUCUGGUGCGUUUUCCUGUAUCACGUUUGGCGCUUGCGUCAGUUGGAACCGUCUAAUUUCUUUCUGUUGAGCAAACGGGAAUAAAUGAAGCUUCACCAAGGUCGUGGGAGAAGAAAACGUAAAUAAAGAGCUGUUUCUACUUUCCUUUUACUAAAUGUAAAAGUAAAGGUGUGAUUCGUGGUAGAGAUUCUGCUCUAAACUAAAUGGAGCAGGCAUUUCUUGGCCAUCAGAAGAAUACCCUUUGGUAUUUCUUUUCAUUUACCACACCAACGCUCUGAUGCUUGGUGGGUUUGUUUUGUUUUUUUUCUCGCAGUGGCAUCUUGAGAGGCCAGCCUGUGUUUGUCCUUGAUGUUACCAGGUAACCACUUUCAAGUCAGACCGUUUUCAUAGCUACUUUGAUCAAAAUGUUCACAGCAAAUAUUUCUCUGCUGUUCUUCGACUUGUUGCAAUAAAUGUCUACUGGAUGCGCGGAUACGUUUUGCCACAUUCCAGCUAGAAAAUCGUGCGUCUCAGAUUGUGGGAACUGAGAGUUUUACAAAGGCAGCACAUUUCUGCUCCCUGUACUGUCUUUGUGGGGUAACCCACUGCAAGCGGCUCGGGCAGUCUGCCAAAGUCCAGGCCAGUUUACUGACCAUAUGUGACAAAGAAGUACAUGUUUGACCAGUCGGACACCUUUACCAUUAAUACCUGCAAGAGGGAGAGAUGGAUUAGUGUUGUAAGCUUUGUCAGUGUUAACCAUGGUCCAGUUCCUGGUAUGAAGGUAUGCCCCACUUUUCAAAUCAUUUGAUUAGUUGUCUAUUAUUUUUGUAGCACUGUGCUGAAGCACUCUGCCUAAUAGCUGGCUGAACAAAAGCUUAUGCACAUCCUAUCUUACAAGAAAGAAACAUUUAGUCUUUUAAAAAUAUUUGCAUCUGUUACGCAGCUGACUGCAGGCUAGCUACCCCAGCAGAUAGCCUGACCAAUUAACUACAGCAAAUUAAAAAAAAGGUGCAAUAUGACUUAAUUUUUUCAGUUUGCAACAGUUAUUCCUACUGUGAUAAUAAUGUGAUCUAUAACAGAUUUGAGCAAAAAAAAA